AUGAGGGUACAGUACCUUGUUCAUGCUCUGUGUCUUCUCAAGGCAAUUGAGGCACAGAGUCCGAAAGACGAAUUUGAUGCCAUCUGUGCCUCCGAACCCUCUCAAGAUGGAGAGUUCAAAACCCUGGACAAUGGAUACACAUUCCAAUAUGUCUGCAAAUAUACCGGAGCCUCUGCCAACUCGAUCGAACCUCCUGUGACGGCGGAAUCAAUCGAUGAGUGUGCCAAACUUUGUGCCUCCCGGGACGACUGCAAAGGAAGCUCAUGGAUUCACACUUUCCAAUCGUGCCAGCUUUUCACCAGUGGGGAAGAUCUUCAGGCCCGUCGCACAGCAAUCUUCCUGCGUCGUGACUUGCCGGUUCCCGAGCCGGAACCUUUGACCCCCAAAGCCCAAUUUGAAGCUGUCUGUGAUGAUCUAGAUGGAGAGAUCAAGACUCUCGACAACGGAGUGAAAUUCAAGUAUGUGUGCAGACAGGCCGGUGCUGCUGCCAACCUGAUCCAGCCUGUCUUGGAGGCGGAAACCAUCGACGAAUGUGCUGCUCUAUGCGCCGCCAAUGACCAGUGCAAAGGAAGCACUUGGAUUCAUACAUUUGGUUCAUGCCAGCUGUACACCAACGGGGACGAAUAUCAACCCCGACGCACUGCCGUGUUCCUGCGUCGUGAAAUUGAAGGCGCUGAUUGCACCCACGUUGAGUCUGAGCUUAAGGACUGCGAGGCUUCGGAGACAGCGCUUAAGGAGUCUCAGACUCAACUUCAGGAGGAAAUCCAAUCGUGUCUAGAAUACAAGGAGCAACUCGAGGCCACGCAGACAGAUCUUGAGGAGAAGGUCGAGAAAUGUAAAGACUGCGAGUCAGAGAAAGAGGAGCUCCAGCGACAGCUGACCAAGGCGCAAAAAUGCGAAGUCGAGAAUGGGUUCAUUACGGAUUUGACUCAGCAAGUGCAGCAAUGCCAUACAGAUGCUGCCUCCAGUGCUCAGCAAUUGCAGCAGUGCAACAGCAAUGCCGCGACUGGCGCUCAGCAGCUGCAGCAAUGCAGGAGUGAUGCUGCGACCAACACUCAGCAGUUGCAGAAAUGCAAAGCUGACGCUGCUACCGGCAGCCAACAGUUGCAGCAGUGCCAGGAUGAUGCUACGAAAAACGCUCAGCAGUUGCAGCAAUGCCAAAGCAAUCUACAACAAUGCAAUAACGAUGCUGCGACUAGCGCCAAGCUUCCCCAAGUCAAGGAAUGCAAAUAUGGUGGCUCCGAGCAGAUCAUCAAGAUUGGGAACCGGUCCUUCAAGCAGAAGUGCCCUGUGUCUUUGGCCAAGAACCGGAUGCCUAUUAGCAGGGUGGUUCGACCAGGCCUCACGAAGCCGGAGUGUCUCCUGAUCUGUGCCCUCGAUUCCACGUGCGUGAGUGUUUACUAUGUGGGUGGUACUGCCACCGUUGGUGAAUGUCAACUUCAAAGAGCAAACAUCGAAUCUAUGCUGGCUUGGAGUGGCCCGAGUUACGGGGAUCGUGACUGGGCUUUCGUACCUGUGUGA